UCGCUACGACCAAAUGUUUUAGUUUUAGUUUAGAUUUUAGUUCACCGUAGUAAAGCGAACGCGUGAAAACGAGGAAACGAAUAAAAAAUAACAGUAGCAAAUAAAAGAAACUCAAAAAAAAAUUAAAAAAUAACGCAAAAUGUGCAAGAAAAAAUUUAUUUAAAUUUGUGCAUAAUAAUAUUUUAUUUUUGAUUUUUUUAAAAUUACAAUAAUAAUUAUAAUAAUAUUGGAAUGGCCAUGCUAUGGAUGGAAACAUAUCUCUUCUACUGUUCAGUGCGUUUGGGUGUGAUUGUCGUGGCAGUAUUCGGGUUUCUGCAAGCAUUCAUACCAACAGUUGUGCUGCUUUCAAUGGGCAUGGAAGUGGUGGAUCCAGUCAUAAAACUCUUCAGAGAUGACGAUCAAUAUGGUAAAAAUGUUGGCGUUUUGAGAAUUUUAAACUGGAUAGAGACUCAUGUUCAGAGUUUCAUUGCUAUCCUUGUUACCUGGAAUGUAUUCCAUAUUGUUUGUUGUGGUUUGGCAGUUUUCGGUGCGUGUAAGCUCAAAAAGUGGUUUCUGCUUCCUUUUAUUAUUGUUGAAUUUUUACGUGUUAUCUACUGCUUUACCACACAUAUCAUACUUAUGAUAAUUUUGAAGAAGAAACUUAAUUUAGGACUGUUAAUCGCUGUAACUUUAGUUGGUGGUUUUAUUAUCUUAUAUCUCGGUUACAAUUGGGCCACAAGUGUUGCGCUCUUUCAGAUCAUCGAACUUAUACACACCGAACGCUAUCGCAAACUCUACGGUGAUGAUCCUUUCCAUCCACAAUUACCACCAAACUAUAGUUCAGCCGCACAGCCACCAACCUACCUACAGCAUGGUUACGGUACUGUGGAGAAUGUGCGUGUGCUGGUCACACCACGAAGCGGUGAUAUUGAUGAGCAGAAACAACGGCAAACCCAACGGGGACCGGUGAACGCCGCCGCAAUGCCAGUAAUAGCUGUUUUGCCAGCGAAUUAUAAAAAUAAUAAUGCGAAAGCUUUUCAAAGUAAACAACUAAGAAAUCUUCAACAACAACAGCACUUACAACCACAACCGUAUAAUUCGUAUGAAGCACAGCAGAAUGAUUACAAUGCAGACUUCGGCAAUUGGCAAUGGUCCGAGUUGAUCGUUGGUAGACAACGCAAGGCGAUGAUUAGCCGGAACUGGUGAAAGUUGGGGAGGAAGUAGGAGCGAUAGAAAGGAAGAGAUAGUAAAAAAGUGAAAUGGAAACAGAAAGAGUGAAAUAAAUAUAAAGAGAGGGAGAGCGAAUGAGGUAGGCAGAGAGACAUGAGAAUGAGAAGAGCGUAGUCAAAUUAUGUAUUUAUGCCGUUAACUUGUAAAAAACUGAAUAGCGGUAUAAA